AUGAAAGAAAAAUCCAAUAUAGCCGAUGAUAUAGGCAAAUACUGGACAAAUCUGGAGUGGAAGAUCAUCUACGUGGGCUCGGCGGAGAGUGAGGAGUAUGACCAGGUCCUGGACUCGGUUCUGGUCGGCCCAGUUCCUGCAGGCAGGCAUAUGUUUGUGUUUCAGGCGGACGCUCCAAACACAGGGCUGAUCCCUGAGAGCGAUGCAGUGGGCGUGACCGUCGUGCUGAUCACAUGCACCUAUCGGGGACAGGAAUUCAUUCGCAUUGGUUACUAUGUAAACAAUGAGUACACAGACCCUGAGCUGCGGGAAAACCCACCUGUCAAACCCAACUACACACAGCUGCAAAGGAACAUCUUGGCGUCUAACCCUCGAGUGACCCGUUUCCACAUUAACUGGGAGGCUACUAUGGAAAAGAUGGAAGAUUCGGAGAAUGUAGACCCCGCCCCCAAUGCCAUGCUCCCGCCCACCUCCAUGCCUGGCAAAGCCCCGCCCCUUGGACUCAUGCCUGACAACUCUAUGGACUGCUUAUAGAGCUUGAACACAACAACAACAACCUCAUACAUGAAGUAAUAAAUGUGUCAUUUUGUAUUUAUACACCUACAUGUUCUUACAGUUGUGAUUGGACACACACACAUCUCAAUCCUCUGGCACUUAUUGCUCUGAUCACACACACCUGAAGUAGUCUCAGGUAGUCAUCAGGUAGUCAUGGGACUUUGCAGGAGUCAUCUUGCCCUCUCUGUCCUGAACAGCAGAGGGGCCAAACCUGCAGUACCAGCAGACAUCGACUGUUUUCUUCUGUUUUUUUGUGGUGCACAUCACUAGUGAGGUGAAUCUCAUGAAAACAUGUUUGGAUCACAUUUUUCCAUAACAUUAAAGAAAUAAAAAAUUAUAUUUUGCAUAAAGACAAUGAAGCAUUUUAGGCACCUUGUUUUUGCAUUUU